AUGUCUAGCCCAAGCAAUAACAACCCCGAAAUCUCCAUAACCGCAUGUCAGCGCUGUCGAGACUCAAAGCUCAAAUGCAGCCGAGAACAUCCCAGCUGUACUCGAUGUCAGAGGGCAAAGGCGAAUUGUGUUUACCCCAGCCCUCCGGACCGGAAGCGGUUAAGACAGGAGCGCAAUUCCCCUCGAUCAGAGCGAGCGACGGCCUCUAAGAGACAAAAGUCUAAUCUCAGUAGAAGUGCCGGUGAUACCAGUCCCUCUAGCGAGAAUCGUUCACAAGUCUCGGCUCGCCGGGUUCUUGGACAGGAAGCUGAUGCGCAACCACCGACUACUCCUAUCACGUAUCUACCGAGAGUCUCUGGUGGAGAGCAUUCAACGAGGGCAUUGAAUGCGCGAGAAAACUCUCUGAAUAGUCAUUCUCUUUCAGCAAACCCGGUUCAUUUGCCAUCAGAAUCAUACCCCAAUCAGCUACGAAAUGCUGAUAUUGAAGCAUCUGAAGUAGAGGUAGUUAGAGACGAAAACUCAGCUCUCCCCUCACGCGCUGUUGGUCUCUCGUUGCUUGAGAUUUAUUUCACGCGGGCCUAUAACGCCUCGCUUCUCUUUUGCAAGCCUCUUUUGUUUCAAGAAUAUCUUGAAGGAAAGGUUCCAACGCCUCUACUAAAGGCAAUAUUUGCGCUGGCCGCACUAUUCCUCACGCCUGAAAAUGAUCAUCGAAAUGUAUCACCGGAGCUUUCUGAGUUAAAAUCAUUGACCAUUUUCCAUUCUCGGAGCUUACCAUGGGCGAAAGCCGCCAUGAAGGAGGUUAUGGUAUUGAUCGUUGAGCAACCAUCUUUGGCAGCUGCCCAGACGCUUGAAUGUGUUGGAUUAUACUGGUUCGGGUUUGGAGACUACAAAAGGGGCGAUUUGUGUCUAUCACUGGCAUAUCGUUGCUGCGCUAUUCUGGGAUACAACAGCAAAAUGGCUACAGCUUUAGGAAAACAUGAUUUAACAUUGGACUCCGAGCUUAAUCGCCGGUGUUCAUGGGCCUGCUGGGCAUCCAUGUGCAUAGCUGCACAACCAGAGGCCUAUGUUAGGUCAGCGUGGCUCGAGAUGGCAAUGGUGCCAUUGCCCGCAAUCAUUAAAAGCGCAAACUCUAGCUGGGAAGUAAUUCCUCUGGAGAAGAUGGACCAGGAGUGGUCUGGAAUAUCCAUAUCUUCUGAGUCAGAAGUCGAUACACCUCCGCCAAUUGAAGCAGCAUUGGUGAAGAUUCUCGGCGUUUGGGCCAAGGUCCAACUUUUUGUUGACGAUUGCUUGUCGUACUCCUCUAAUCAGAAGAUUGAAAAGUUGUCAGGCUUGUCUCAGAUGUUGAAGGCAGUCUAUGACAGUACCACACCAACUCGGACAUAUAUGAAGACUAUGACUGCCUCGGAUUAUGCACAUCGGAUCCUCACAUUUGAUGCUAUUUACCAUCUCAGCCAGGUGACUUUGCAUUCCACAGUCGUGCCUCUAUUUUCAGGCUCUCCGGUUGAUCCAACAAAAGACCCUGGUACUGUCAGGACGAGUGCCAAGGAAGUGAUGCACCAUGCAGACUCUUUUGCGAGCUUAUUAACUUCCUAUCUAGAAGGAGAAUCAGAUAUAACAUAUUUGUCUCCCCUAGUAGCGUAUGGUGCCUUUGCAACAGCCGUUGUCUUUCUAGCAUUUGAGAAAUCGUGCCAGGACAAGAGCUCUGCAAGUUUUGCCAUUGAAGGCUAUACAGGAAGCAGUAAUAGAGUCUCAACUGUGAAGGCCAUUGUUGAAAUGCUAGAUUCUCUUCGUGUAUACUGGAGAGUUCUCCAACGUCCAUGGGAGAGGUUAAGCUUUGCUCUGAAGUCUGGAUUUUCAUCAUCACUUGACGACGUGAAUUUUCAGCCUAGAACUGAAGCGAGGGGUUCACUUGACGACUAUGGGCCUUCUCCAACCCAAGAGAAUUCAUACAUGCAGCAGCCCAUCUUGCAUGAUAGGCUUUCUUCAGAUCUUGGGACCCUGGAGUCGUCCCUGUACCAGCCAAUGGAGGAGAGUACAGUCACGACCAGAGACAUACAAACACCUAUUAACAACCUAUCGACGGGUCCGAUCGAUAUUCUAGAUGAUGACUGGUGGAAUAUGUCGCUUGCCGCAACUGACAACGGUUAUCUAGUCGAUUUCCAACCCCCGAAUUUCUUUCGACAGGGGUGGAAUUAUUUCUAA